GUGUUCACACUUGUGAGUUUGUCCCAACAACAUCAAUGGCUAAGCUUAGGACAGCCAUUGAUUCAGCGUUCUAUGACUUCAACGUUGCUUCUCCUCAAUGCCACGAUGGUUGGGCCAAGGCUGUUCCCGGCGACCCCAUUCCCCUCGACGGUUCGGUCGGAAGCAGAGUGCUUCGCCCUCAGCAAUUGUCGUUUUUGCCUCUUCCCAUCGUCGCUUCGCUCUCUCCCACUUCCCCUAAGGAUUUGGGUUCUUUCUCUCUUCAGGGCCUUCUCUUCAAAUUCUCUUCCCCUCGCUGGUGGCUUGCAAUGACUGGACAAUUUCGUCCCAGGAAGUUGAUUGUUGAUCUAAAAAAUGAGAUCUCUAAUGCUGAAGAAUUCGAUCUUUCCACUGUCAAGGAUGUUGCAAAACAUUUCAUCAACAAAUCACUUUUGUCAGUAGGGUUAACAUCACAGUUCUCUUUUCCUCCUUCAACAUCCGUGUUAUUUGCUAUAGAGGGCCAUGGUGAGAAAGACAAACUGCGCAGCAAAGUGAUGGUUUUUCACAAGCUUCCCGAUCAUGAUCUUACAUUGGAGGCAGCAUGGCCUCAAUUGUUUGUUGACCAUAAAGGAAAAUACUGGGAUGUUCCUGAGUCUAUAUCUGUUGAUUUGUCAUCCCUUGUGUCUGAAUCUGGAUUGCGCUAUCACUUUGGGAUACAUAAAAACGGUGGUGAUCCACAGACAGUGAAUACAACUGAGGGCAGCCCACCACUAUCUCUACUGCCAGGGUUUUGUGCAAAGGCUUCCGUUUCUUAUGAGAAGAUCAAGGACUUCUGGAGAGAAAAGGAGGCUGAGGAACAACAGGAAGACACAGUGAAGCCUUAUGAUGUUCGUCUUAAGGAACCUCAUGCAGCAAUAUCUGGAAUUAUUGGUAGCACCUUUACUUCAUGGAUCUGGAAUGGGAGGAGCUUUUCUGGCAAUUAUUCAAGAGAAGAUCUAGAGUUGUCAACAAGAAGCAAGAGAUCUCGAUUCAAUGCUGAUUUGUUUGGUUCAGUUUGCUAUUCUUUUCAGCGUGGAAAAUUCACAAAAAAAUAUAGGGACUUAACCAGGCUAGAUGCUCGUCUAAAUAUAUCUUCAGCUUCUGCACUUGCAAAGAAGAUUGUGAAUGGUUUCAAGAGUUCUACUGCCGAUGUUAGUGAACAAUCAUCAGCCUCACCCCGGCUAAAUUUAAUCUUUCAACAGCAGGUUGCAGGGCCAGUUGUAUUUCGAGCUGAUUCCCAAAUUGCACUUGGGUCAAAAUAUGGUGUGUCAAUAGAGGAUUUCAUCUGCAGCUUGAGUUACUCCUUUAAGUCUCUAGAAUCCGGAAAGGUAGUUGCUUGGUACUCUCCAAAAAGGAAAGAGGGAAUGGUUGAGUUGCGGCUGUAUGAGUUUUAGUGAAAUGCAAUUCUCACUUUUUUUGUAACUUUCAUGGAUAGACAUUUUGAUCCAAGAAGCUCUGCAUGCUUGCUUUAAAAUAUGCAUUUAUUUAACAUUUCCUACUUGCAUGAAGUAGAUAACCUGCUGAAAUUCAACAUCAUUGAUUUUGUAAUGCAAAAAAAAGAAAAAAAAUAAAUCAGUUGCUUCUUUGUGU